UCCAGUGUGAAAUGGAUCUGAAUUAGUGUCCCUUCAGUUUAUGGGCACUUAAGGCUGAAUGCAGAUAACAGUGGUCCGUAUUAUGUGUGAGCGUUCACGACUGGACUCACGGGUGCAAUAAUGUGGAGGUACAGAAAUCUGUUCGCCUUUCUGCUGGUCCUGUUUAAAGAUGCUACUUCACAGAGCAAGAUAUUUGGUGAGGCAGAACCUGUUCGUAUGAUAUCAGAGGGUUCUGACUGCCGCUGCAAGUGCAUCAUGCGACCCCUGAGCAGGGAUGCCUGUAUGCGGCUGCGGAGUGGCAGUGUACGUGUGGAAGAUUUCUAUACAGUGGAAACAGUCAGCUCAGGGUCUGACUGUAAGUGUUCCUGCACUGCACCACCGUCAUCCCUCAACCCCUGUGAAAAUGAGUGGAAGAUGGAAAAACUAAAGAAACAGGCACCUGAGUUAUUAAAGCUCCAGUCAAUGGUGGACCUCCUCGAGGGAACCCUUUACAGCAUGGAUCUGAUGAAAGUACACUCAUACAUAAACAAGUUGGUAUCUCAGAUGAACACCCUUGAAGAGACAAUCAAGACAAACCUAACACGAGAAAAUGAAUUUGUCCGUGACAGUAUGACCAGCCUGACCAACCAUGUCAAGCAAUAUGAGAACUACUCCAACAUUAUGAUGAGCAUCAAGAAAGAAAUCUCUGGUCUCAGUCUCCAGCUGCUUCAGAAAGACUCUUCUGAGACCAAAGUUCAGCAUAAUGAUGAAAAUACCAAGAGCGCUAUAAAGCCACUCAACAAAAAGCCCCCUGCAUCCAAGCCCCCUCCAAAACCCAAAGAAAAAGUCAUCAAGCCUAAGAAGGAGGUCACUAAACCUGUGAAACCACUCAAGCAUGAGCCUACAGCCAAAACCAAGGUGAUUGGCCACCAACCAAGUGUGGUCAGGGGCAUUACUUACUACAAGGCUGCCAAGACUGACGAGGAUGAGGUCAGAGGAGACAACCCAGCCAAAACCUACCCACGCCAUCAUGUCACUGAAACACAGUCUGAAGAUGGCGGAGCUGAAAUGGUGCUUGAAACCAUCGAAGCUACAGUAGCACAGUCUACCGCACCCAGUGCAUUUCCAACUAGUAUUACACCUACCACCAUGAGGACUGCUGCAACAGCUCCUACCAUUGCGUCAACCACUAUGACUAUCACCAGCCAAACUACAGUAACUGCAGAAAGGCCGGCUCCCACUAUUGUGCUACUGCUUGACAACGCCAACAACAACAGUCGAUCCACUCUCCACAGAGCAGGGAAAAUCCUUCACUGCGAAGGGACUCUUGCAUCAAUCGAGCAGCCGGAGAAGAAACACAGUUAUGGCCGCAAUGAAGGAGCCUGGAUGAAGGAUCCAUUGGCCAAAGACUCGAAGAUCUACGUCACAAACUAUUACUAUGGCAACAAUCUGGUGGAGUUCCGCAACCUGGAAAACUUUAAACAAGGCCGCUGGAGCAACCUUUUCAAACUUCCUUACAAUUGGAUUGGCACAGGUCACGUGGUUUAUAAUGGAGCCUUCUACUACAAUAGAGCUUUCACAAAGAACAUUAUUAAGUAUGACCUGAAGAUGCGAUACGUGGCUGCCUGGACACUGUUGCACGAUGUGGUUUAUGAGGACACUACCCCGUGGAAAUGGAGAGGUCACUCUGAUAUUGACUUUGCAGUGGAUGAAAGUGGACUGUGGGUGAUCUAUCCUUCCAUGGACUAUGACUACAAUCAACAGGAAGUCAUCAUCAUUAGUAAGCUCGAUCCUGGGGAUCUGUCCUUGAAAAAGGAAACAACGUGGCGAACAGGUCUCAAGAGGAACUCUUAUGGAAAUUGUUUCAUCAUCUGUGGUGUCUUGUAUGCUGUCAAUGUGUACAACCAAAAGGAAGGAGAGGUGUGGUAUGCUUAUGAUACCCACACCAACACAGAGGCGAUCCCACGUCUGCUCUUUACCAAUGAGUACUCAUUCACAACGCAAAUUGAUUAUAACCCAAAGGAGAAGGUUUUGUAUGCCUGGGACAAUGGCCAUCAAGUCACUUAUCAGCUAAACUUUGUUGACCAGUGAGAGCACUUACAACUACAGUAAGCUCACAGCAUGUCUGCUGUCAUAGACCAGAAGUGCACAAUAUUCUAUGGUUUCUUUGUCCUAAGAAGACCAGAGAUGUACAAUUACCUCCAGUAUCAAUGCAUGUUAUUUGAAGAGAUGACCUCACUGUGGACUGGACAGAAACUACGGCCCUAAUCUUACAGGUUGAGUUUAAGGUCAACAAGCAAAGCUGGUGUAGAUAUAUUAUGUGUUCAUAAAAUGUCAGCAGGCUGGCUAACUAUUGAGUAGCUAAAGAACAGAUCGUAUAAAAAAAACAUACACACAUUGGCAAGAUUUUUGUGACCCUUCUAUAAAAGAAAGACAUACCUAUAUUGGUCAGUGGCAUAACUUGAAAUUGACAAAUUUAGGUAACUAAUGAAAAUCAUCCAUUGCUUUUGAAUCAUCAACCGUCCUUCCUUUUCAGGCAAUCAAUCAUUUUCCAAAAUUCUCAAUGAGAUUUUUUAGGUUUACAAGGUGUCUUCUCCAUUUUUAAAUGUUUUCGGCUUUGCGUUUUAGGUGUUUAUCCUGUUUGAAGAUCCAUGGUUUGUGCCUAAGACCAAGUUUCCCAAAAUUGUGGGGAUCAUUUCGCUCCAGAUGCCUUUGGUAGUUUUGAUUGAUUGUAGUUCAGGCUGAUAUAAGACUGAUGACAGGAUGCAACGGUCUCAUCCAUAUUUCACAGUUGGUAUAUUUUUUGUGCAUGUAAAAAUAGAUAAUGUGACAGGCCAAAAAUCCAGUUUUGAUUAUACCUUCUGAAAAACAUUGUAGAAACAUCAUAGCUUAUCUACAUGCAGUUUGGCAAGAUCCAGUCCCAUUAGUUUCAGAUUCAAUCAAGAACUAUUAGAAGGGUGCCAACUCAUUUGCCAAUGUCUGUAUUGAAUUUGCUACAUGAAGCACUUAAAGGAACUUCCAGGCUUGCAUUUUAUAGCAAAAAUUCCAUUUUCUUAUUUUCAGCUGCCUCUAAACCUCUACAGUGGAGGGUGGAGAGUGAGAAGCCAAGAUGCAGAACUCACCACAGAAAAAUAAAUUAGUUAAUUCAAUAAGCUUUCGUUAACAACUGUAGCUCUAUAAAAACAACUGUGCUCAAUGUUUUUUUUUUUGCCAAAAUAAUUAAAAGAUGCUCAGCUUUGAGAAAAUACAGUAUACACAUUUUUUAUAUGAAUUUGAGGCAAAUCAGUUUAAAGAUGUACAAUACAAGUCUAAUAAUAUAUAUACAUCCCCAAAAUAUGAAAAUGUAUAUUUGCAUUUCACGUAGCGAUAAGAAUGUCAAAAUAAUCAGACCUGCGAAAACAUCUGCAACCAUUGUAAUAUCCAUGCCAGUGCAGAAUUUGAUGCUGUCAUUUCUUCCAGAAAAUUGCAUCUUCACCGAGGUCUUGUUCUUUCUUUCUUAUACUUAAUCAGUAUAUGUAUGAGUGUAAGGUUUGGUAUAUGUGUUUUGAUUGUGCUGGAGAAGAGUAAUAUGCAUAAAUAAUACAACCACUCUGUUCUCUGCCAUUUUGAAAACUUAACAUACAUGUGUUAUUACCAUAUGUAAAACGGAGAAAAAACAUAUUUCAAUGUUCCUGUUUUAGAUACUUUCAGAUUUGCAAUGUUUUCGGACUCCAAGAUAUUGUGUAUAGUCUUGGUUUUUGGGUGUAGUCUGUUAAAAUCAUUUUCAAUCAGAGAUCUCAUUUUAAACAGUACCAAUCAAAAAGUGAAUGUCAAUAGCUGGGUCAGCGUAAUAACUGUACAGUCCGUUCAGGUCAAUUUAGAGAUGAGGUGUAGUCAGAAUCUAUUUAGAGGAUUUAAAUUUCUGUUCAUAUGAAUGGAAAUCCAACAUUUCACAAAGCCAAAGCUGCUUGUGUUGAUUAGUGCCAUUUAAUUCAACAAAUGAGAUGGUUUUUGCUUGUACAGCUGAGCAAUGCUUACCAAACUUUUAUUUUUAAGUCCAUCUGAUUAUUAAGCACUUUGUUCAUAAUUUUGUUGCAUUUAUUGUACAGUAGUUCCAGUCACUCCAUGAUGCUUUCUGCGUUUUAACAUUUGAUGUGCUUAGAGGCAUGUGUUAAAUAUAAAACUGGCAAAAGCAAAAAUGACCAUGUACACAUUUCUAAGGGUAUGGAUUUGUUCCUAUGCUUCUCUAGUAUCUGAUUUCAUAUGAUGUUUACUAUUAUUAGCACCUUUUUUUCUCAUUUCUGUGGAACAUUUAGUAUAGAUGUUUUUCCAGCUUUGCUGAUAGCAUUAUAUCAUUGCAUUAUACUGACAUAAGUUGUAUCCUUUGUCUUAUAAAGCACCAAUAAGCUUCAAGUAACCAUUGUGCAUAAUGUACAUUACUAUUAACCAACAGGAUGCUUACUGCCAUUCUCCACAUUCUACUGGCUUGUACUGUAUACCAUGGCCAGCAGGAUCAGGAAAAAGCUUUCUGCGUUUUUUUCAGUGUCCACUUGUGUCUUCAUCUGCUGUAUGGAUAUACAUAAUGACUGAAUAUUGAGCACCUUUAUUAUACAAGUACUUUGUUUAUGUUCAGUUUCAGCUGUUGCUUCUUCAGUUAAAAUUACUUCUAGAUGAAAUCUGAAAAGCAAUUGAUGACGAGUUGUGUGUAUGAAGAGCAACAUAUUCCACUAGGAUACAUUCUGAAUGAUACACAUUGGACCUUUAAUGCUGUUAGGCAAAUUCUACCAGCAUUAUAUGGUACUCUUUCAGUAAUAUUUAAUUGUGUUGAUUCAGAUGUGCUUAUGACUAAUUACAGUAAAAACAAUUUGCAACAUAAUGCUUUUAGCAUAUAUAUGUCAUGAAC